CUACUACAGUCCGACUCAUCCUGUCGCUUGUCUGGAUGUUAUUGUAGAAAUUGGACUGAUGCAGUGACUGGCAAAUCAUCCGUGGAGGCCGACGCGUUUUGCCGUUACCUAGACCUGCAGAUGUCUCGUCUGUCGUGGAUUCUGCAGCGGUUUGGGUUUGGCAAGGACCUGGGCACCACCAGUCGGACACCUCAGUCGAAGCCCGCUUCUUCCUCUGAUGCCCGUCACCAGCACCGUUUACAGAACUGCAUCUACUCUCCCGGGCCUCUCGUAUACCCAGCCAGUGUUGGGUAGACUGCUUGGGUAGUUGUAGACACGAAAAGCAAACACUUUUGUGGCCUUCUUUGGCCACAAACUCACAAGACCUCUCCCUUUACUCCCCCUUCUUUCCCCUUCUAUCUUUGUGUUUAGUGUUGUUCUUGCACGUUGCCUUGAAAAUUAUUAUUUGAGGCCUAUAGCCUUUAACUGAAUUGUGGAAACGGUACUUGGGAGUCUGGACUCGUCAUCAUGGAGACUAUGGAGCAGUGUGUGGCGCAGGUGAUGCAGAAGGACCUGGGCCGUCGGCUGCAGGUGGGCCAGGACAUCAUAGACUACGUGCUGGACCCGCAGCGCUCCCAGGACCUGGAGCAGGACCAGACGCUGCUGGACCGCAUGGUGGAAAGCAUCGCCUCCACCUGGGUCAACUCCAGCAACUUCAAGGUUGCACUCCUGGGAAUGGACCUAGUAUCCGCCUUAGUUACUCGGUUACAGGAUCGCUUCCGGUCACAGAUUGGCACAGUGCUGCCCAGUCUGCUUGACCGGCUAGGAGAUGCCAAGGACCAGGUGAGGGAGCAGGACCAAGCCCUGCUGCUCAAGAUCAUGGACCAGGCAGCCACACCACAGUAUGUCUGGGAUCGUAUGUUGGGGGGAUUCAAGCAUAAAAACAACAGGUCCAGAGAAGGGGUCUGCCUCUGCCUUAUCGCCACACUUAAUAUAUACGGUGCCCAAGGCCUCACCCUCAAUAAAAUAGUUCCCCAUAUAUGUAAUCUAUUGGGAGAUCCAACUAGUCAGGUUCGUGACGGGGCCAUGAACUGCCUGGUGGAGAUCUACAGACACGUGGGGGAAAGGGUACGCAUGGACCUGGGCAAGAAAGGCCUUCCUCAGUCCCGCCUGAAUGUAAUUUUUAGUAAAUUUGACGAAGUCCAAAGAUCAGGGAGCAUGGUUCUCUCAGCUGAUAAGAACAUUGAGGAUGACGACUCUGUGGACGGGGGGCGGUCCACCUCCUCCAAGGGGGCGUCGUCGUCAGGGAAACGGGCCGGCAACACCGGAUCCAUGCGCAGACCCAGCUCUGCAUCCAGCACCAAGUCCACAGCUAAAGACAGUGCCAGUGCAGCUGGGGCGGUGGACGAGGAGGACUUCAUCCGUGCCUUUGAGGACGUGCCCACAGUACAGAUCUACUCGAGCCGCGAGCUGGAGGACUCCAUGACGAAGAUCCGAGAGGUUCUGUCAGACGAGCGCCACGACUGGGAGCAGAGGGCGGCAGCGUUAAAGAAGGUGCGUUCUCUGCUGAUGGCGGGUGCCCUGGACUACGAGGGAUUCACUCAGCAGCUACGUCAGAUGGAGCCGGCCCUCAAACUCUCAGCCAAGGACCUGAGGUCUCAAGUGGUCAGAGAGGCAUGCAUCACACUAGGGCACUUGUCCAUGUUGCUGGGCAACCGUUUUGACCAUUGUGCGGAGUUCGUCAUGCCCACGCUGCUGAACCUGGUGCCCAACAGUGCCAAGAUCAUGGCCACGUCCGGAAUAGCCACCAUACGACUCAUACUACGACAUACCCACUACCCACGCCUCAUACCAAUCAUCACCAGCAACUGCACCUCCAAAUCUGUGGCCGUCAGACGGCGCUGUUUUGAGUUCCUGGACCUGAUCCUUCAAGAGUGGCACACCAACUCCCUAGAGAGGCAUGUUGCAGUGCUUAUGGAGACCAUCAAGAAGGGAGUGCACGAUGCAGACUCUGAAGCACGCUCUGUGGCCAGAAAAUGCUAUUGGGUAUUCCAAGGCCACUUUAGUCGGGAGGCGGAGCAGCUGUUCCAGGCUCUGGAGUUGACCUAUCAGAAGGCUCUCCAGUCCCACCUGAAGGGCUCCGACAGUGUCAUGUCCCUCCCCCAAUCAGACCGCUCAUCAUCCAGCUCUCAGGAGAGCCUCAAUCGUCCGCUUUCAGCCAAGAGCAGUCUGGGAGUCGGCCCUGGCAGGACUAAGGCGGCUCCAUCCCGAGCGACGUCUGGUUCCUCCUCUCUGCAGCGUUCCCGUAGCGACGUGGAUGUCAACGCAGCGUCCAACGCCAAGUCCCGAGGUCCCACUAGUGGCCACUUCAGUACGGCCACCGCACUCCCACCCGGAUCCUACGCCUCGCUAGAUGGCAGUGCCCCUGGUAACACAGAGGGUCGUGUGCGGACCAGGAGGCAGAGUUCUGGCAGUUCGGCUGGUGGUGCCACUCCGGUGACAGACAGCCGGGGGCGGAGUCGAGCCAAAGUGGUGUCACAGUCGCAACCUGGUAGUCGUUCCACCUCCCCUGGUAAGUUGCUGGGCCAGACGUACGGCCGGAUCCCGCGGCCCACUGGGGCCACCACCCCCUCGGAUGGCCGACGCAGUCGCAUCCCCCGCAGCCAAGGAUGCAGUCGAGAGACCAGUCCUACACGUGGAGGCACCGAUCGGUUUGGCCUGGCGCAUCAGGCUCGCAUCUCUGCGUCUGUGAACGCCAUGCGGAUCCUCAACACGGGAACAGAAGUGGAAGCUGCAGUGGCAGAUGCUCUGCUUUUAGGGGACUCCAGGAAUAAGCGUUGGCCGGUGCGUCGCCGCUACGAGUCUCCCGGCAUGUACUCUGACGACGACGCCAACAGCGAUGCGUCGAGCGCCUGCUCGGAGCGCUCCUACAGCUCCCGCAACGGCACGGGGGGCCUACCGCACUACAUGAGGCAGACGGAGGACGUGGCGGAGGUGCUCAACCACUGUGCCUCCUCCAACUGGUCAGAGAGGAAGGAGGGACUCAUAGGACUGCAGAACCUGCUCAAGAGCCAACGCAUACUCAGCCGUGUGGAGUUGAAGCGACUGUGUGAGAUUUUCACCAGGAUGUUUGCAGAUCCCCACAGCAAGGUGUUCAGCAUGUUCCUGGAGACGCUGGUGGAUUUCAUCACGCUGCAUCGUGAGGACCUGCAGGACUGGCUCUUCGUGCUGCUCACCCAGCUGCUGAAGAAGAUGGGGGCUGACCUGCUGGGAUCAGUACAGGCCAAAGUGCAGAAGGCACUCGACAUCACCAGGGAUUCCUUUCCGUACGAUCAGCAGUUCAACAUCCUGAUGCGGUUUAUCGUCGACCAGACGCAAACACCCAACCUCAAGGUGAAAGUGGCCAUCUUGAAGUACAUUGAGUCCUUGGCGCAUCAGAUGGACCCCACAGACUUUGUCAACUCCAGCGAGACGCGACUUGCCGUCUCACGCAUCAUCACCUGGACCACCGAGCCCAAGAGCUCUGACGUGCGCAAGAGCCUGCACGGCUGGGCAGGGGAGGACUGGGCUGGCCGGCCCGGCGGUUUGCUCUCCGUGCCCACGGAGAGUAACAUGGAGGAGAGAUGCAAGCAGGCUGCUCAGAUGGUACUGAUCUCGUUGUUUGAGCUGAACACUCCUGAGUUCACCAUGUUGCUGGGAGCGCUGCCCAAGACCUUCCAGGACGGAGCCACCAAGCUGCUACACAACCACCUCAAGAACUCAAGCAACGCAGCAGUGGGUUCCCCCAGUAACACAGUGGGCCGCACCCCUGCUCCUCGCCACUCCACCAGCCGCACCAGCCCCCUCACCUCCCCCACCAACUGCUCCCAUGGGGGGCUCUCGCCCAGCAUGAUGGAGUUUGACACAGAGAAUAUGAACAGCGAUGAGAUCUACAGCUCUCUACGAGGUGUCACGGAGGCCAUCCAGAGCUUCAGCUUCCGAAGCCAAGAGGACAGCAUGGAGCCUGCACGCAAACGAGAUGACCAGUCUGGUGGCACGGCGUCCUCAGGGGCUGACCAGCGCGUGGGCCCAGACACGGUGGACAGCAGCAGCAGCGGUGGGCGUACGGCAUUAGACAACAAGACGUCUCUUCUGAACACCCCGUCCCCCCGGGCCUUCCCCGGCCCUCGCUCCGGCCUGCGGGACUACAACCCCUACAACUACACCGACUCCAUCACUGCAGCGUACGACCGCACCGCGCUCAAGGAGGCCGUGUUCGACGACGACGUGCACGAGCACAUCAGAGAUGGUAGGAGGCAGGAAGGUGGGGAGAACAAGAUCAUGCAUCCCAAAGCCUUCCCCACAGGUACGGCGCAGCAGCUGGAGUUGGUGGGAGACCUGCUGAAGGAGUUGUCUGGUGCGGGGGAGCGCGUUGAGGAGCGCCGGGCCGCCCUGCUGGAGCUGCUCAAGGUGACCCGCGAGGACUGCCUGGCCGUCUGGGACGAGCACUUCAAGACCAUGCUGCUGCUGCUACUGGAGACACUCGGGGACAAAGAUCACACCAUUCGUGCCCUGGCCCUGCGUGUACUGAGGGAGGUGUUGAGGAACCAGCCGGCGCGCUUCAAGAACUAUGCAGAGCUUACCAUCAUGAAGACACUGGAGGCACACAAGGACUCACAUAAAGAGGUGGUUCGUGCAGCUGAAGAGGCAGCGUCCACACUGGCCACUUCCAGCCACCCAGAGCAGUGCAUCAAGGUGCUGUGCCCCAUCGUGCAGACGGCCGACUACCCCAUCAACCUGGCGGCCAUCAAGAUGCAGACCAAGGUCAUCGAGCGCAUCGCCAAGGAGCCACUCACACUACUGCUGCCCGACAUCAUACCAGGACUGCUGCAGAGCUAUGACAACACUGAGAGCAGCGUGCGCAAGGCCAGUGUCUUCUGUCUGGUGGCCCUCUACUCUGUGAUUGGAGAAGACCUCAAGCCACACCUCACACAGCUGACUGGCAGCAAGAUGAAGCUCCUGAACCUGUACAUCAAGAGGGCCCAGACCACCAACAGCAACAGCAGCAGCUCCUCUGAUGUCUCCUCCUACAGCUAAAGACCCCGCCCUCCAGUCCUCCAGUCCUCCAGUCCUCCAAUCAAAAACCACCACUACUCACUACGCUCCGUCCUGCCCUAUCCUGCCCUGCCUUGCCCCUCUGUAUGUUGCCCUAUUGACAUCCCAGGUAAAAGGCAGUGGGAAACAGCUGCUGGCUGGAUCCUUACCACUAGACCACCAGGGAACUGGUGGAGGGGUGGUAGAGGUACCUUAUUUUACCCCACCCUUACCUGUUCUACAGUACACACCCCUGAGGGUCUCCACCUCUUCUUCUUCACCCUAGAAAGACACUUCCUUCUUUCUAUCCUGUCGGCUGCCUAGUAAUCAGUUUUGGUUACCAUCUUUACUUAUUAUUAUUAGAACAACAUUUUAUAGGUUUUUGCAUCUCCUGUCUGUUAGCUCCACCCCAGGCCUUCAAAUAUGUUUUUGUUUUGUCCUGUUCUGUUUCCGUUAGUUUGUUUACUCCAUCACUCCAUUUAUGAUUGCAUGUUUGUGUCUGUGUGUGUGCGUGUAUCUACAGUGUUUUUAGAUUAUUUGUGUGAUUGUGUGUGUGUGUGUGUGUGUUUGUGGGUGGGUGGGGGUUGUUGAAUGUAAAAGGGGCUCUUCUGGGGUCUCUAUGACGCUAACGCUGUCUCGCUGUUCCCCAGAUCUCUUGUAAUGAUAUGAGUCGUAGUUGGAAGAACACGGACACAUUCAAUGGGCAUUUUACAACUCGUACUGUACCUAGUGGAAGUGUUGACAACUCAAAAUUCAAAAUGGCCGUCUGUGCAGUUACAGGAUGUACGUACUUGACAUGUAUUUGUUUUUCACAAAGCCCAUGGAAAGUGAAGAAACUGUGAAGUUUUUAGGGAAAUUGUUCUGUUUAUGUGUCCGCAAUCACCACAUUUUUUGUGUGUUUGUUUUUGGGGUUGUUUUUUUUUUUUUUUGUUCUUCAGGGUGUGGGUGUCCCUUCAGUUACAUUCUACCAAGGAUGCGUUUUUCGACAACAUUGUUGCUAACUAUGCUAAUCACUUAGUGGGUUACGAAGUUACUAGCUAGCAACAACGCUUUUGAGAAAUGACAUCAGGAUUGAGUUUUUGUUUUGUUGUGUGCUAGAACGUUGCGUUAUCGUUUGGCUGGCCCAUUGAUCUGCGUUUCACAACUCUUGUCUGUCCCAUGCACGGGGGGUCAAAGGUGACUAUUAGUCAUGUGAGAAAGGAACCGUUUUAUUUUUCUGUUAUUUUUCACAAGGACCACUUUAUUUGUAAUGUUAUUUGCAUUCCUUUUUUUCUUUUUCGUUUUUCAUUAUUGAGGACCAGGUUAUGCAAGAAAGGUUUAUAUAUACGGUAUAUGAUUAUGUAUCACAUUAGGAGUAUUGUUACUUUAUUAAAAAUAAUAAAAGAAGUGAUACUAAUCUGAGGUAAUUGGUAGUUAUUUAAUGCUGGAAUUCAAAAAUAAAUAAAUAAAAUAAACUUAUCAGUGUUUUAUUGUAGAAUCCCCAGACCGGAUGUAUGGCUAGGCGAAAUAUUAAUUGUUUUUAUUUAUAUUAUCAGGGGAAACUUGUUUUUGGACAAUCUCAGUUGCAUAGUUUUUUUGCUGUUGUUUUUUUUUGUUGUUGUUGGUUUUUUUCAUACAAGCCUUCCUUUUAAAAUAGACAAUGAGUGCUAGAGAACAAAAUUUCAAAUUUCUUACGAAAGAAAAACAAAACUGUGGAGGUGUAUCAGUAUCAAAAAAUGUCAAUUUGAGGUUUUUUGGCAGAGCAAUAAUCUUAGGAAAGAGAAAAAAGAACAAAUGAUCCAAAUUGGAUUUGCUCAUAUUCAGCGCACUGUUUCCAAAAAAAAAAGAAAGAAAAAUUGUCCCCACCUAGUAACACUAUCCCCCAUAAUAUUUGCUGACUUUGUUAAGAAGUCAUCAAGUUAAAAGAGGUGAAAUUCACAGACUUUCUUGGCUGCUUAACAUGACGCAGUGCAAGGUUGACGCCUAACCUUAUGUCUGUACUGUACUUACUGUACUGAAUGUUGAAGUACUACACAAUUUUUUGGGGAUGGGAUUGUAUUGGGAAGGACUCUUUGAACACUAGUUGGCCUUAACUGAGUACUGUCUGACACCAUGGAGAAUCUUAACCUAUGCUGACUGUGUCCCUACCCUAAAAUUGUGGAUUAGGGUAGAGAGCAGGGUUUAGGCUCAGUACUAAAGGAGAGUACUUUCUGAAUGGAAGCGGUGUUGUUUUUUUCUGUUGUUUUUGGUUUUGAUUUGAUUUUCAUCCAUGUCUUACUUAUUUAUGGAAGAUGUCUGUAUGUCUGCUAUGUACUUCUUCCCAGAUGCGAUUGUGGAGCUUUGGGCAGUUCUGUUUUUAAAAAAAGAAAGAAAGAAAAAGAAAAGCUUUAUAUAAUAAUAUCUAUCUAUAAAUAUUACACACACCUUUCAACCAACCGAAGGCCUCCGCUCUGCCAGGUUUUAACACGUAGUGUAAAGAAAAAUGACUCACCUUUUUUCUUUUCUCCCUCUACUUCUUCCUCUUUUUGCACGCUAAGCAAACUGCAUGGAUCUUUUCUUUUUAUUUGCUUUUGCCGCAACUGCAGUCCUGCAGAAACCAAAUCCAACACUCCUCUCUCUCCCUCAUCUCUCUCUCCCUCUCUCCUCCUCAUCUCUCUCUCUCUCUCUCUCUCUCUCUCUCUCUCUCUCUCUCUCUCUCUCUCUCUCUCUCUCUCUCUCUCUCUCUCUCUCUCUCUCUCUCUCUCUCCCCCUCCCCCUCCCCCAUCGCUCCUUAGCCCACCUGUACACGUCAGCACCAUGUCUGUGUUGCUCAAGCGUGCCUGUCCACUAGCCGAGCUGUAAGGGAAAGCGUUGUUGGCUGCUCUUCAAAAACCUUCCAGUGCUUGAGGUGUUGUUAAGAGACUGGUGUUGUUCCCAUAGGCAGUACUGUAUGCAUAGACUUAGCAGAUACAGUCGUUGGUUGGUACUGCUUCAGAGUACAGUCCACGGUAACUGUAACGGUAACUGUAUUUAAAAGACAGUGUUACCCAGGCCACUUUCUUACAUAGCAGGGAGUGCUCUUGGUACUACUUUUUGUCGGAGUGUACUGUACAAGUAACACACACACUCACACACUCACUCUCACACACACACACACACACACACACACACACACACACACACACACACACACACACACACACACACACACACACAUACACGCUCCUGCUGCUAAGACUGUUGUGGUUUUAGGAGCGUUGUUACUGUACAUGUUGAGUCUACUCCCCACACCCCAUGUUUGGGAGAAAAUCUUGCUUAGUUGGGAGAAAAUUAUUGUGUUGAAAUUGCACACUUGGAGAAAACAAACGCAAAAAGAAAAACGAAAGGGUCUCCUUGAAGCCUAACCACACCAUCUGCUUCCUUUAUCAUCCACUUGAUCAUCUUGCAAAGGAAAAUGGUUGAAAUGUGUUUUUUCUUUUGCCACGACUGCGAGAGGCAGACAGAGAUCUUGUGUUUGCUCACUCGAGUUGUACUUUGAGGGAGAUGAGGUUGUUUAUUAAGACAUGGCAAGUUUGAAUAUGUACCGCUUCAUUGCUCAGCUAAUGUUGACCAUUAGGAAUGGCGUUAUCUGCAAACUUAACUGCUUACUGCGCAUGCCCUUGCUCUCUCUUUUUUAUUUCUCCAUCUCAGCUUCUUGGACCUGUAUGUAUUUAUGUUUUAUUUUUUUUCUUGGUGUGUAUUAUUGAUGACAACUGUACAUAUGACCCAUUUUUCUUCCUUUUUUGUUUCUUUUGUUUUGUUGUCAAGUCACUUGUGAUGGAAAUUUGCAAAAUGAAGUUAAUUUUGCUUUAGAAAUAAAGAAUAAAAACCUCAGUUUUCCAGUU